AAUGCGGAAGUGAUAGUGUUCUGUUGACAACUGAGAGCACUGCUAUCGUUCAGAUACUUUGUAGUUGCAGCUGAGGUUAACACUGUUGGCCGUCUAUUUCCAUUCAAAUCCGUCAAUAAUGACACAAGCUGAAAGAGAGCAAGAGAACGGCAAGGAGAAAGACAAGGAACGAGAGAAGGAGAAAGAGAAGGAGCAGCAACGUGGUGUGAAAAGACCCAUCGCCCCACCGGUUAUCCCUGAGCCAAUACAAGAGCAAAUUCAGAGUAAUUUUAUCGUGGUGAUACAUCCAGGCUCCAAAGCUCUGAGAAUUGGCCGAGCAACAGACACUCUUCCCGUGAUAGUCCCACAUGUCAUUGCUCGCAAACACAAGCAAACCGGGCAGCCUAAAUAUGAGGACCCCUGGCUGCUAAGAGAAGGACUAGAUAAGCCAGAAAGCAAUGAACAAAGGCAGAAUGGUCUUAAAAUGGUGGACCAGGCCAUUUGGUCUAAGAAGAUGUCCAAUGGGGUACGACGAACACCAGUGUCUGCUGAACAGGCCCGGUCUUAUAACAGGCAGGUCCGACCAGCAGUUCUGGAUAGCAGCUCCAGGGUCAAGUGGACCAACACCACCCACCAGCCAGAGCACCUGGUGGGAGAGGAGGCCCUGUACGUCAACCCCACAGACUGUUACAACGUGCACUGGCCAAUCAGCCGGGGCCAGCUGAACGUACACGGGGGCCCCGGGGGCUCCCUGACGGCCGUGCUCUCCAACCUGGAGACCAUCUGGAGCCACGUCAUCCGGAAACAUCUGGAGAUCCCCCUCAAAGACCUCAAGUAUUACAGAUGUAUCCUGCUGGUGCCAGACAUCUAUAACAGACAGCACAUCAAGGAGAUGGUCAACAUGCUGCUGCUUAACAUGGGCUUCUCAGCCAUCGUGGUGCAGCAGGAGUCUGUGUGUGCCACCUUCGGCAGCGGCCUGAGCAGUGCCUGUGUGGUGGACGUGGGGGACCAGAAGACCAGCCUGUCCUGCGUGGAGGACGGAGUCUCACACCGCAACUCCAGGCUGUGUCUGGCAUACGGUGGUUCGGACAUUACACGCUGUUUCUUCUGGCUUCUGCAGAGGGCGGGCUUUCCAUACAGGGACUGUCAGCUCUCCAACAGGCUAGACUGUCAGCUACUACAGCAGCUCAAGGAGGUCUUCUGUCACCUGGACCAGGACAUCUCAGGACUACAAGACCACGAGUUCCGCACACGUUUCCCAGAGGCCCCAGCUCUCCUCUACCAGAUUCGACUAGGAGAUGAAAAGCUCCAGGCCUCCAUGGCUCUGUUCUACCCCAGCAUGUUUGGGAUCGUAGGCCAGAAGAUGACAUCAUUACAGUACCGUUCCCAAGGCGACUCGGAAGACCCUCACGAUGAGCACUACCUGCUUGGAACCCAGAGCAAACAGGACCAGUCAGCGAAAGGAUCGGCAGACCGCAAGUCCCUCCCCAAAGCAGGGGGUCUGGAGGGGGAGCUGGGCGUCCAGGGCGGGGGCGACCCCUCUGACCCUCGCGGGGGCGGGGGCCACAGCCAGGACGUGGAAUUGGGCCCCUCCCAGAGUGAGUGUCUGCUGGGAGGGGCCGAGCUGGAGGAGUCCCCCUCCGCCCUGCUGUCCCGGAAGACGGCCAUGUCCCAGUUUGAGGGCAAGGCCCUGGGCCUGGAUAAAGCCAUCCUCCACAGCAUCGACUGCUGCGCGUCAGACGAGACAAAGCGCAAGAUGUACAGCUCCAUCCUGGUGGUGGGCGGCGGCCUAAUGUUCCACCGUGCCCAGGACUUCCUGUUACACCGCAUCAUCAACAAGAUGCCACCUUCCUUCCGACGGCUGGCUGAGAACGUGGAGGUCAUCACCCGCCCCAAGGACAUGGACCCACGCCUGAUCUCGUGGAAGGGUGGAGCCGUGCUGGCGUGUCUGGACACCACCCAGGAGAUGUGGAUCCACCAGAGGGAGUGGCAGCGAUUCGGGGUGCGUAUGCUCCGAGAGAGGGCCGCAUUCGUCUGGUGACCUCUGACCCCGCCCAGCGGACUCUACUGGAGCUCAGAGGCCAACCACCUCCACAGCAGGACACACUGCACCCAGCCUGACUGAGGGGAUGAGGACUUCAAGAUCACUGUACAGUAACUGGGAUUGUCAGGUCAUAUAAACCUCUGUGUACUUGACUCAUGGAGUCUUGAACUGUAACAGUAUCUAUGGUCACAGCUGUUAGAAUGUACCAUUUCAGGUUGCAGUUCUGACAUUCAUCGUGCAGAUUGUUUGGAUAUAUUUUUGGCUACAUGGAGACUAAUCUUCCAAAUGUGGUAUUCCUAAUGAAUACAUGUUGUUUGUCUUUGUGGAAUAAAGUGAAUGUUUUUUCCAA